CAGUUUCUUUAAUUCACUGGCUCCGUGUACACGCGUUGCGUAACUCCCCGUCCGACGGCCCGCAUUCGCAUGACACACUUUUUUAAAUCCGUCACAUAAUCUAAAUACUUUUGACUACUAUUUGAAUGCCAACAUAUAAACCUUAUUACUAUCUAAUAUCCCAUUAUUUUGUUUUGACGUUUAUUUCAAAUUUUCCCGCCAUUUAAUUCAGACAACAGUCCACAAUCAUUCAGCUUUAAAAUCGAGACGAAUUAUUCCUGUUUUGUUUUUGUUGUGUUCUCGACUUUUUAUGCAAUGAUUAAAACUCCGUGUAUCUUUGUUGUGCUAAAAGUGCGAUGUGUGUUUUAAGUGAGGGAAAACAUCUAAAGCACCAUCUGUCGAAAAGGUGGAGGGCGCCGCGACAGCGGGGAGGGGACCUGCGCGUGCGCGUGUCCCCCCCUCACCGCGCCGCCCGCCCCGCCUCACCCCCUGCGGGCCCUGGACGACAUGCCGCCCGUACUCAGAUCGAAUCCGUUGUACACGGAGGAAGAGGAACAGGAGGUGGUCAUCAUAGUGGACUCGCUGGAGUCUUCGGAAGAGGUCGAACCAGCGAGGGUCCCACGCCGAGCACCCUCCACGUCCUCUGCAGGCUACGGCAGUGGAGGCGGAAGUCAUGGCCGCGUGUCGCCAACCUUACCAAAGACCGAGCAGUACGACACGCAGCCGAUACGACUGAACAACAAAAAUGACGGGUCAAACACCUCAGACUCGGAAGCCAGCCCCUCGUGCACGCUGUCGCGAAGUCUGAAGGACGAUAUACGAGCCUGCUUGGGAGGUUGCAGGGAAUUCACAGAGAAACCGGCUGUGCGAUGGGAGAAAGACAUCACUCAUGUCGUGGAAGCAGCUGUCCGUGGAGCUGGUGGGAUCAGCGCCGCACGAGCUCGUCUUCACGCGGCAUUACUGGCUCUGCAUGAACCCAACAAUAGGACGACUCUGCCGUAUUGCGGGACCGGUGUCAGGCCGGGUGAUGUGACUAUGAUGUCUAAAACACAGUCGUAUCUUACGUCAAGCGCUCUGUUUACGCUUGACAGCGCUCGCGGGGAGGAACUAGCAAGAAGAUUGGCCCGUGGUCAAAGAACCAGGAGGAGGUGUAGAGCAGCACUAGCUCUGGUGGCAUUGAUGUUGCUGCUAGCGGCUGUGGGCGCCGUGGAACUGCUCAUGUCCAGGGGGCAGAGAAUGUUUGGAGCGGUUCUACGAUGAACUGUUACACUCCAAACUCGUCCAAUGAAUACAAAGGUGGGGGGGGGGGGGCGACAUACAAUUUAUAUGUCAAAAUAUUCUUUAUUCAAAUGCCUUAUGCAGUUAAAUGUCGUUAUGCAUUGAUAAAAUUAUUAAUAAAAUACGCCUUCCAGAUUAACAGAUUUGAAUCCUGACAGUUAUAUUGUCUUUUAUAUUACUAUAAGAAAUCUUAUUUAUUUUGAACAAUGAUCAAUCUCCUUGUAUCAACUUACUCUAAAGAUGUCUGUUUAACUAAUUUCCCUUUAUCUAACAACGAAAGUAGGUAUUGCUUUUGACAUUUGUGUCACAAGUUUUGUUAAUUUUAAGACAAAAUAAUGGUAAAGUAAAUACCAUUGUAAAAAUGUAUAAUAAUAUUAGCGUUUAAGUCGCAUUAUUUUCUGUUUAAAAAAGAAUAUAUCAUUCUUAUUUCUGUAGAGGAAUGAGUCCGUCAUUAGCAUAUGGCAAUACCGCGGUUCCGGUCGCAAAUAUGCAAUUGAAAAAUAAUUGAGUGCUGUGAAAAAAAAUCCAGUGUGCUUACGCCAAGUUUGCGUUGUGAGACCAGCGUUAACAGCUGUUAAUUGAUUAAUGCUGUCGCCUUGUAGUAUUGACGUGGGUUCAAAAUAAGAAACGGUAAACGCUUCGUAUGUAGUGUGAUUACCCUGACAGAUAGUAAGCGUACUGCGCGCAACCUUCGGAACGUCUGAAUUCAGACAUUCAUUUUGUAGUGAGUCUGUUUGAGGUGUAUGGUUAUUAGACA